AUCGCGAGGCUCGCGGUGUUCUCACGAACGGCCGCGACGGAGACACGCAUCGGAAGUGACUGCACCGUACGUGUGUCAUCGCCACUGCGGCGAACGACGCGUAAAAGUGCGCCAGGAAGUAACUUCGAGCCAGGGGAAAUAUCCUCUCUUCCGGAUCUACCGUGCCGGCGAGGGAGACUCUCACCGGGGAUCCCACUUGGAUUGGAGAGGAUUGAGCUGCAUUUCUGCAGCGAUCCGGAUGCGUUUCUGCAGUACGCGCGCCGCAGACGCGAGAACGCUACCUCGUCCAGCGAGUUCGUACGCGGUGACCGAGCUAGUGUAGUGCCGAGAUAUUUCGAAAAAGAUGCGCGUCUGAGAGAAGGACGCGAGCACUUUGCGAUCAUCAUGAGGAUACUUUGGUUCCUGGUGGGCAUUUUACUGGAGAUACACUUGUACUUCACAGUGAGCCAGGCUAAGCAUCAGCAGAAUUCAAGUGCCAAUAAUGUAAUCGUCCCAUUGAAUGUCCCGGAGGGUAAAAAUGAAGAUGUUCUUGAAGGACCAAUUGGAGAGGUGCUUGCUCAAAGUGGUAGCGUGGCAAUUCUGCCGUGCAAAAUUACCGAUCCUGGAGCUGGAACCAUCACGUGGGUGAGGCGAAGAGACAGACAACUGUUGACAGUCGGCACCAGCACGCACUCGAUCGACAAGAGAUUUGUCGUCAGGCACUCCAGCACCGAUUGGGCACUUAUGAUACGUACCGUAACGGUAGACGAUGCCGGCAUAUACGAAUGUCAGGUGACGUCGCAUCCGGUGCAACGAAACUUUGCCCGUUUGAAAAUCACGGAGGCGUACUCGAUAAUACCAGGUGCGCCUGAUCUACAUGUGAAGCAAGGCUCGAGCCUCCGUUUGGAAUGCCAGCUGAUGGCGGCUACGGAAAAGCCUCUUUACGUCUUCUGGUAUCGUCAGGGCCGCAUGAUAAAUUACGACGAGGAGCCUGGCGUCGACGUCAAGCUAACGACGAGCGGCUCCAUCUUGACGGUGAACAAAACGAAGCUUACGCACGACGGUAACUACACGUGCGUACCUAGCAACGCCAAGGCGGCUUCCGUCAUGGUUCAUGUCAUCGAAGAGGAGGAGAAGCCGGCGGCGAUGCACGGCGGCGACAGAAGGAACCUCAGCCCGGCAAUUUUGGCGAGCAACUUCCUGGUAUCCUUCCUAGCGGCCGUCAGCUGGAGGAUACCGAGUUUCACGAGCCUUUACCCGACGUGAAUUACCGCAACGCCGGCGGCAUCCUUCGGCCCGUGUCCCUCCGCGUCAAAACGGAGCCCACUCCCGAGGAAACGAGUUCCCAGGCGUCGUCCUCUGCUGCUGCUGCUGCUGCUGCUGCUGCUGCUGCUGCUGCUGCUGCUGCUUGGCACGACACGAUUCCGCCGUUCGUUCCGCACCGAGAAGAGACUCCAGUGUGCCGGGAACUCCAGUGCGCGUGGUAUCGCGGAUACCGUUUGCGACCUCGGUUUUAUCUUACGUGUGUUUUUCUUGCGUCGUACUAAAUAAACGCGGGUUCAGGUGGCUCAGUGCGGUUCACGCGUUCGGCGUGCCCGUCUGACAGUGUCCUGUGUGGCUCAAGGGUAGAGAAUCGCCAGCGGGUAUCCUCGGGUUUCGGUGCACCUGCGAGGCGCCUCCCACUUCAACCCCUCGCUCCUCUUGUACUACCUAGUAUCUUGGCCCGUGCUCGCGUGAGUGUCACGUAAAUGCGCUUAGCCGGACGAUACUCCGUUUCGGAAUUGAGCUAGCGGUUUACGUAGGAUACGUUUCACUCUUGAAACACUUCCGCGUAAUCUUCGCGUUUGGUCGCGCGCGCGCGCGCGUCGUACGGUUACUAUCGGCGUGUGACGGUUGCGCGAAAUGCGAACGAGAUGAAAAUUUGUCAUGUGUUCACAGGCGUUAAAGUGCAGUUUCUUUCUUGUCGCACCGGUAGAUUUCGCUGUAACAAUGAGUUCGAAGACAACGUUGCCGGACGGGAACUUUAGAAUUCGGAGAAAUUAGCAAAUUCGAUCGUCCGUAAAGAUACAUAUCUGAGGGGGAUGAUACAAAGCGAACGAAAAUCUUACGACGCGGGAACAGUAUCACGCUGCUAUAAAUUUGCCACCGCGUGGGCCCGCCGCGCCGUUUCUAUUGAAUGAAAAGCUGUGCUAUGGUAACGAUAUUUUUCUAACAAUGUUUUUCCUCCGUCGUUCUCCCGUUAUUCCUCACGCUCGAGUGUGACCGUCGCGACCGCCGCGUUAGUUGUGUCGGAUGUAACCAUGUAAGUCGCAGCGAAACGAGAAGAUUAUGAAACCAUGGUACUAAGAUACGUUUCGGUUUUCCAAGAUACGCGUCGGCGGAGAAUUCGCGUAAGCAGCAGGGAAUUCCGGAUUGAUUUGCACAGGAAACUCAGCUUCUCGCGGAAAAGCCGUUUCCUCGAUGGAAGCCUUUCCGAAGCUCGGUAUGCGGCUCUCGUCGAUGUCCUUCAGUGUGUGUGAUCGGCGCGAGCCGGUUUCUUCGUACGUGCAUUCUACAUAUACCUAUAUACAUAUACGUACAUAUAUAUUCGUUAUGUACACAAAAAUACACUAUGUAUAUAUGGUGAGAGCUCGAUUUAUCGUUCUUCCAAUUAAUGCAUGUAUCGUCGAUAUUUUCGAACCCCAAAGUGAUUCGUGUCGCUUAUCGUCUGCCGCACUCAUUGGUGGGAUAUGUUUUUCGCUCGGUUCAGAUGUUCCCUUUGAAAGCGUUCGAUCGAGCUUUCACCGUAUAGGCUAUAUACGAUACGUUAUUAUAUAACGUAGUAGUCGCGCGUGCGCGCGCGCGCGUCCUGGAAAUUCUGUUUGUCGUCCAUCGAGUGUCGCGAUAAAAUUGUAAUGGGCACACACACUUUCCUUUCUCUUUUCUCCUUCUUCUUUUUGCAAUUAGGCAAGGCUUUUGUCACUACGGUACAACGAUAAAAAGAUCCAUUUCCAACGUACUUUAACGACGAGAAAUAAGGAAAAGUUUAAGUGAAAAUCUCGCUUUAACUCCGGUGACUGACGCAACAACAAAAAUAUAUGUAUAUAUUUCGUAUAAAACUUGUUAAUUCUGCGCUUUCCUCGGUGGCGAAAAGUUUGAAUGAAAUUUCUUUUUUCAAGCUGGCUACUUCAACAAGAUCGCGCUUCGGUAAGGCAAGCAGAAUUUUUGCGACAACUUGAUUACGCGAGCCUGAGGUGGAUGAGCGACGUUCUUUCCGCGCUGUAGAAGCCUUACCUCAAUCCCCGUCGACUUUCACAGUGCCAUUGUCAUGGCGCGGGAGUUUCCCCUCCGCGUCUUGAAAUUCUUCGGGUGGGUAUAUAUCGAGACAUUCGCUGUCUACUCACGCUCAGUGUGUGUGUGUGUGUGUGUGUGUGUGUGUGUGUGUGUGUAUGUGUGUACUUAUCUUUAAACAAAAAUUAAAUACAAACAUCUAUACACAUACACGGUCGAAUGAAUGUCCGGUGUAAAUGCAAAGUAGAGGAAACAGCGAACAUCGAUGCAAACGUUUACCGUUUGUUCUUUGCUUCUUCCGCUCAAUAUAUACCCACCCUUUUGUGCAUCCUCAAGAUUGGCGAAUAAUUCAGCCUCGGAUGGCUCGUCACGCGUGAUGUGAGCGGUGAAAUCUUUCGAGAAAGGUACAACACUUCUUCUUCUGCCAUUUCAUGCAGAAUCGAGACUUGUUUGACUAACUACAUACUAACAACAAUGGAGGUUUUUCCUUCUGUACAAAUGCGUGGAAUCAUACAAACGACCUUGCUCAUUGGUGCUAAGUAUGGCUAACGAUGGAGAGCUGUCGUCGCGGCUCCUUUCAUUCAGAAUAACGAGGAUGACGCGAGAAAGUCAGCCAAAAGGUGUGUAAAAGCAGCCCAAAAGUUCGGGAUACUCUCAGACUAUUUAACGACAACCCUUAGGCAUUCGUCUGGGUAUUUAGCGUCAGUUUGUCGAGCGUGAAAUUUCAAUCGUAAAAUCACGGAGGGAGAAAAGCAGUAGGGAGUGACGGACGAAGAAGUGUAAUUCGAAAGAACUCUCGCGUUUCCGCGACGGCUACCGAUGUUUUGUGAAAUGGCGAAAGCUCGGUGCGCUGGUCUCGUGGUUUUUUCGGCGGCGGAAAAUGCGUUGGUUUCACGGUUUCGACCGUAUAUCUCGAAUUUUAUGUACGGCACGCACGACACGUGGCGAUGCGGCCGCGGACACGCGCUCAUCAACGUUAUUUAUCUGGAUACCUGGAAUCAAUGUAAAUAUUAAACAUUCUAACUACGCAUUCAAUAAAACAUUAAUCGUCACUA